CGCCCUUUUAAGAGGCAGCCCCCAGCAGCGCUCUCCCCCGCCCCUUGCUGCCGGCGCGCUAGGCGGGGGAGCCCGGCUGGAGCCGAGAGCGCUGUCCGCGCGGCCACUGGAGACCGGGCGGCCGGCGGCCGGGAGGCGGCAGCGGAUGGGGACUCGGAGCCGGGCCACUGUGGCGGCUGUGGCUGUGGCGGCGGCGGGGAAGCAGCUGACGGGCCGGCGGCGGCGGCGGCGCUGGCGGCGGUGACUGGUCCAGGCCCCGGCGGCGGCUGCAGCGACGCGGUGGCGGGCUGCGGGCUGGCGGCGUGAGGAGCGGCGGCAGAGAGCCGAGCGGCCGGGAACCGAGGGCGCCGGGCCGCCCCUUGCCCAGUCCUCGCAGGCCGCCAGGCCCCCUCCAGCCGGGGCCGUGGAGCACCGGGGCAAAGGCCGGGGCCCCCCCAUGAAGGAGCGCGACGCGGCCCCGGCCGAGCGGGGCAAGCCGGCCACCUACACCGGGGACAAGAAGGCGAAGAUGGCGGCCAAGACCAACAAGAAGUGGGUCCGGCUCGCCACCGUGUUCGCCUACGUGCUCUCCGUGUCGCUGGCCGCCAUCGUGCUCGCCGUCUAUUACAGCCUCAUCUGGCAGCCGGUGGGCGCCGGGACCUCGGGGGGAGCCGCCGGCCCGCCCCUCGGCGGCUCCAACGCCACCGGCCCGUCCGGGACUUCGGGGGCGGCGGCUGCGGCGGGGCCCAACAGCACGGGGUCGUCCCGCCGCGAGGCGCCACGCGACGCGCCCCCGCUGCAGGCGGCGCGGCCCGCGUCUCCGGAGCCCUCUGCCGACAGCCCCCUGGCCGGGCCGCUGGAGCAGCCGCGGGGGGCCGAGGAGGAAGAGGAGGAAGCGGCGGCGGCGCCCGGGAGUCGUUGAACCCCUCCGUGCCAGGGGCGGCCGGAAACCAUCCUCCGCAAGCUUUGCAGC